UGUGGCGUUUGCUGGUCGAAAAGUAACAGUAGAUCCGUUUGGCGAUUCGCAAAAAAAAAAAUAAAAACAACGGAAAAUACCAUUUUAACACAAAUAACCUACUUGAAAUUAAAUGUGUUUUUUUUUUGCGUUGCGAAAUGCGUUGACUGGGACUUUAAAGUAAUGAAGUGCAGCACUUGUGCAUAAAGCAUACAUACAAGCAUGUAUUGGCCAAGUACGGCGUUCAGAGAAUGUGUGCCAGCUUUUUGGAGAAAAACUGUUUAUAAAAAAAUUCGAAAUACAGAUUAGUGCAUGUUGUUGUUGCUCUUGUGAAAAUUUAUUGAGCUCCUUUUGAGUACACAGACAAUUAAAAUGGAAGUGUAAAUAGCGUUAGUUAAGUGAAAAAGCAAAAGUGUCGUUAAAGUAGACAUGGAAUUGACAGUAUAUCGACGCAUGCAAUCUUAAUUAUCAACUACUCUGCGUUGCCGAGCGUUUAUCACGACAGACAAUUAAUAGCAUUUACAUCCCGCUCAAUUACGUCACAUAUUCGCACAUUUUACUGUACUUAUGCGUGGUAUGUAUAUGAAUGCAUGGAAGUGAAGGGUAGAGUGAAAUGCCAAGCGGAAAUCGUAAGCGGCCGGAUACGCUGGCAUUAGAGGUGCUUGGUGUGUGCCAAACGGAGUCUUCCGACAAUGAGGAUUGCGGUGUCACAGCCCGUGUUCUACCAAGAGCACACCACCAUAAUUACCAGCUGCAAACAGAACAGAAAGAUCAGGCACCAAAAUCACAAUACUUCCAUACAGUCAAGUCUCAAUACGUUUCCGCCAGCGUCGAAAAGCCGUCCAGUACGUUUCAACAAACACCAUAUUCCCCAUCGCAGCCGGUUGAAAAACAGCAAAGAAAAUGGUUUCAUUUACGUCGCAAACAUCGUCCUGCGCCUUCAGCAAAAGCAGAAUGCGWCGGCAACAAUGAGCUUACUGCUCAUACGAACGCUGUUCCACCAAAAUUAGUCGAGACGAAAACAGCGGCUGUCACCAACACAACUACUACAAUGUGUAUAGCGCUGCCCACAAGUCAAACCAUACCCGAUGUUGCAGCGGUUCUCAUGAGACGCAACUCAAAAAAACGACGAAGCCGCACACAUACCGACAGCCUCUAUAGCUUAGCGACGCUCGCCCAGUCGGGUGAAAUAUGUCAACAACAAAACUCCGAACCGAACGUACCCGACGCUGUAGCGAACACAACCAUCGCUCGCGAGCCCUGGUCAAAAUCGAGUGAAAAAGCAGACACACAGGCAGACAUGAAGACAGCCAUUCAUUUGAAUGAGAAAAACGACGCUUCACUCCCGACUAGUGCAUUUAUAGAUGAAGAGCUUCGCGAUCAUAUGCUGCUCACUUCUGAGCUAACGUCCGUGGAGGAAGGAGUGGACGCCGCCAUGUCAACACCAGUAUCUGGUUUCCAGGUGCGGUUUUUGUCUAUUUUGGGAAAAUUACCGGGUUGGAAGCGAAGUGAGUGUGUGGGCCGGCGUUCUCGUACGAACGUCGCCACAAAAGCGUCGAYGGCAAAUGAUGGAUCGUUGAAUGUCAACGAUGAGACUGGRAGUCUAAGCGAUCAUAAAAAUCAAAAACUCAAUGCCGSGUUUGAGCAGUUUUCSAUGUCGCCGGUUGAAAACGGUGCUGAUAGCGAUAAGGGUGUUCGAAGACUGUCAAAAAUGCGACGUCGGCGCAGUUCAUACUACUUCUCUGAGAAUGAACGCAGAAUUCGAGCCAAUGACCGAGAAUUUAAUGCACAAUUCAAAUAUGCCGACAAUUUCAUCAAAACAUCUAAAUAUACACUGCUGACGUUUUUGCCAUUCAAUCUGCUAGAACAAUUUCAACGUCUUGCCAAUUUCUAUUUCCUGUGCUUAUUGGUGCUGCAGCUCAUACCAGCGAUAUCGUCAUUAACCCCCGUUACCACCGCCAUACCGUUAAUUGGCGUAUUAACAUUGACAGCCGUUAAAGAUGCCUACGAUGACAUUCAACGCCAUCUGUCGGAUUCCCAGGUGAAUAAUAGAAGAUCGAAAACACUGAGGAACGGUCAAUUAAUCGAUGCGAAAUGGUCGGGAGUUCAGGUUGGCGAUGUGAUACGUCUGGAGAACAACCAAUUCGUCGCAGCCGAUAUCCUCCUGCUGACAACAUCCGAACCGAAUGGCUUGUGUUUCAUCGAAACAGCCGAAUUGGAUGGCGAGACGAAUUUAAAAUGUAAGCAAUGCUUGCCAGAAAUCACUGAAUUGGGUCAGCGGCAUGAUCUUCUGUGGAACUUUAAUGGUGAAAUCAUAUGCGAGCGGCCAAAUAAUUUGCUGAACAAGUUCGAGGGCACACUCAUAUGGCGAAACCAGAGGUACGCGCUCGACAAUGAGAAAAUCCUACUUAGAGGCUGUGUACUACGCAAUACACAAUGGUGCUACGGUGUUGUCAUAUUUGCGGGCAAGGACACAAAACUAAUGCAGAACUCGGGAAAAACACAAUUCAAAAGCACWGGCGUUGAUAGACUGUUAAAUUUUAUAAUAAUCGGGAUAGUACUUUUUCUACUUUCUAUAUGUGCGUUCUUCACGUUGGCCUGUGCCAUUUGGGAAAGCUUUAUUGGUCAGCAUUUUCAGGUAUACUUACCAUGGGAGAACAUCAUACCAAAAAAUGUUGCACAAGGCUCCACCGUUAUUGGUCUGUUGGUUUUCUUUUCCUACGCAAUCGUCCUAAAUACUGUUGUGCCAAUAUCUCUCUACGUUUCAGUAGAGGUUAUACGUUUCGCGCAAUCAUUUCUCAUCAAUUGGGAUGAGGAAAUGUACUAUGAACGCUCGAAAACUCAUGCCAAAGCACGUACCACCACACUCAACGAGGAGUUGGGGCAAAUACAAUAUAUAUUUUCGGAUAAAACUGGCACAMUAACACAAAAUAUAAUGACAUUCAACAAAUGCAGUAUUAACGGACGCACCUACGGCGACGUUUUUGACCUUCGUACGGGUGAAGUUAUCGAGGUCACAGACAAGCAAAAAUAUGUACAGAAUUGCAACAGUAAAUUGAGUGGCAACAAUGCCAGCAACAAAAGCACACCGGCACCAACAAUACUAUUGCACAGCGCCGAAGUACAUCCGAAGAGCACAAUUAUGGUCUCCAGUCCCGUGGAAGGUGGCACGGCUGAUACCUCCAUAGCACCACCAAGCUUAACAACAGCACCCAAAGAAAUCCCAUUGCCCAUCGCUACAACAACGACCACUCAAGCUGCUGUGGUGAAUCCACUAGAUGAUGACGUCACACCAUCUCCAACGAACAACCAACGUCAUGUCCAAUACGACGAGAGUUCCAUUGGCACGACAGCUACGGAAGCGAAUACGCACCAGUCACCAAGAUGCGAAAUACGAAGCCAGUUCUCCGUGCUGUCCAAUUCAGGCGAUAAAGCUCUUGAACCGGUUGACUUUUCGGCGAAUCCGGAAUUCGAGCCAGACUUUCGUUGGUACGACAGGACACUGCUGGAUGCAGUCCGUUCUGACGAGGAGCAUUCGCAAAAUUUUUUCCGCCUGCUCGCGCUUUGUCACACCGUGAUGCCCGAGUACGUGGAGGGGCGACUAGAAUACCAGGCGCAAAGUCCCGACGAGGCAGCUUUAGUGUCGGCAGCGCGAAACUUCGGUUUCGUGUUCCGUUCACGAACGCCGAAUAGUAUAACCAUAGAAGUGAAAGRAAACCGAGAGGAGUAUGAGCUUCUGAAUAUUAUAGACUUUAAUAACGUCCGCAAGCGUAUGUCGGUGAUAUUGAGACGAGGUGAUGACAUUAUACUGUACUGCAAAGGUGCUGACAAUGUGAUUUAUGAUAGAUUAAGUACUAGUCAAAAUGAUAUUAAGGCGCGUACCCAAGAUCAUUUGAAUAAAUUCGCUGGCGAAGGUUUGCGAACGCUGGUACUCGCCGAAAGACGUCUUGACGAAGCCUACUACAUGGAUUGGUCGCAGCGUCAACAAAUAGCGGCAGUUUCCCUAGAUGCGCGCGAAGAGAAGCUCAACGCCAUGUACGAGGAGAUCGAAAGCGACUUGAUACUUGUCGGUGUGACGGCGAUCGAAGACAAAUUGCAGGAUGGUGUACCUCAAACGAUAGCCAACCUACAAAUGGCAGGGAUUAAAAUUUGGGUACUGACGGGUGACAAACAAGAAACGGCUAUAAAUAUUGGCUACUCCUGUCAGUUAUUAACCGAUGAAUUGGCUGAUGUCUUCAUCGUGGACGGCAGUUCACUGGAAGAAGUCAACAAACAAUUGCGCCAAUUCCGUGAAUCGGUCAGAAUUCUCAAUCGAUUUAGACCAACGCCGCUGGAGCCGACAGUGAACUUGAAUCUGAAUUUAAAUGGUGCGAAUAGURCCGAUCGGAACUCAUCUGUGAUGUAUGGUACUGGGUUACGUACGCGGACCUCGCCGCCACCAGCGCCAGCGAUAUCGGUGGUUACCUUUAGGUGGGAUGAUGACAAAAUUAAGCAUAAUAAGGGCGAACCGGACAGCGCGGAAUGCAAUGAACUGUACGACAAUAUUGAGAAGGGUGCAGACGGUGCGAGUGCGUUUCAUCCGGAUGAAAUCAUUGAGGAGAAUACAGGUUUCGCAAUUGUUGUGAAUGGACAUUCACUUGUCUACUGCCUCUCUCCGGAAUUGGAAUCAAAAUUCCUGGAUGUGGCUUCACAGUGCAAAGCCGUUAUUUGCUGCCGCGUUACGCCUCUGCAAAAAGCCUUGGUGGUGGAGUUGAUUAAGCGCGCGAAGAAUGCCGUAACACUAGCAAUCGGCGAUGGUGCCAAUGACGUUUCAAUGAUAAAAGCUGCGCACAUAGGAGUUGGCAUCUCCGGCCAAGAGGGCUUGCAAGCGGUACUGGCCAGCGACUAUUCGAUUGCGCAGUUCCGCUACUUGGAGCGUCUCCUGCUCGUCCAUGGCCGUUGGUCAUACUAUCGCAUGUGUAAAUUCUUGCGGUAUUUUUUCUAUAAGAAUUUUGCAUUUACUUUGUGCCACUGCUGGUAUUCGUUCUUUUGUGGCUUUAGCGCCCAGACGGUGUUCGACCCAAUGUUCAUAUCAGUAUACAAUUUGUUCUAUACCUCACUGCCGGUGCUAGCUUUGGGGGUAUUCGAGCAAGAUGUCUCCGACAAACACAGCAUAGAAUAUCCAAAGUUAUAUACACCCGGACUGAAAAGUCAACUGUUUAACACGCGCGAAUUCGUUUACAGUGUUCUUCAUGGUGCCUUCAGUUCGCUAAUAUUAUUCUUAAUACCAUACGGCACUUAUAAGGAUGGAAUCUCGCCAAAUGGACUCAUACUGAGCGACCAUAUGACCUUGGGCGCGGUUGUUGCCACCAUUCUCAUAAUUGAUAACACAGCACAGAUAGGCUUGUAUACUUCUUAUUGGACGAUAUUUAAUCACAUCACUAUCUGGGGUAGUUUGGUAUGCUUUUUCGUCUUGGACUACUUUUAUAAUUAUGUCUUCGGUGGCCCCUAUGUGGGCUCACUGGCGAUGGCCAUGAAGGAUUUGACCUUCUGGGCGACAAUGGUAAUAACCGUUAUUGUGAUAAUGGCUCCUGUGUUGGCCUAUAAAUUCUAUCUAAUCGAUGUGCACCCAAGUCUAGCUGAUAAGAUACGUCUGAAAUGUCGCGUGAGCACACGCCAGUCACGGCAGAGCAACAUGGUAAUGCGAACACCUUCGGCGCGAAAGGCACGACGAUCAUUGCGCUCUGGUUACGCGUUUGCGCAUCAGGAAGGCUUUGGUCGACUUAUUACCUCGGGCAAGAUUAUGCGAAAAUUACCACAGGAUUUCGCCUUUCCAUUGGGCUUGGGCAGUAAAAAGUUGCAACCGCAAACGAUGGAUGGUAAUGAUGGGCGAAAUAAUCAAAACAAUAAUAAUAGCACCCGAAGUAACAAAAAUUCGUCGACAGGAUAUCUCAAYGACACCGACGCCGAGAGCGCGGCUGGGGGUGGGAGCAGCAAUGGCGCUCAUAGCGACGAAAACGUAAGCCCUCGUGCACCUUGCCAAGACUUAGAUACAAUUAAUCUUUAAGUUAAUUAUCGUAUGUAUGUAUGUGUAGCGUAAAGAGAGCGAAUAUUGAACGAUUGGCGAACAUCGAUAGUUCAAUACAUAUGACACCAAAAGAAUAAACCAAAAAGCAAAAUAAAAUUGCACACUGCAAGGGAAAAGAGGAACUUGAAUUAUUACAAUCAAGGCACAAGUGGAAAGUUUUAUUAAAAUGCUGUAGCAAUUAGUUCAUAAUUACUUAAGGACUCUACAAUCAACUAGAAAUCCCUAGAACGUUUAUAAACUUAGAAUUAUGUUAACAAUAUACRAUCAGGUGAUUGUGUUUAAUUAUCUACUAUUUGUAAAUAUUUUGAUAACCUAAACAAAUAGUAAGAAAAAAAUAACUGUAUUAUGAAAGAUGUAAGGCGGAAGAUAAGAAAUACAAAAUUUAUUAAAUACAAGCUUUAAUCCUUAGUAAACAGCUUUAAUGAGAUCUAAAUAAGUAAUUUAAUCCUUUUAUGGAGAAAUCAUAUCUUCAUUAAUUCACCUAUAUUCAUAUGCAUGUGCGUACCUUAUAAAGCAGUUCUUCAAAAUGGCUGUCCCAAGGUGAAUGUAUGAAUUUCUUUUUAUCCCUCAAAAUAUAAAAAUGUUGGAAUUUUUACAAUUAUAUUAAUGCAUAAAAUAUGUGAACAAGAAUCUCAAAAGCCAGAGGCUAGAGAAGAGUGGCAGCGAUACUUAUACAAACUCAAAGAUACUGCAUACUUACAUAACUCACAAGCAUACGCAAACUCAUAAAAAUAAAAAUGUAUAAAUUUACAAUUUUUUAACAAUUUCUUGAUGAUAGAUUUUCAACUAUAUGAUAUGAGCAUAGAUCUAAAAUUGUGCUGUAGUAUAUACACUAUUUGCAUACUUAAUUACUUUAUAAAACACAUUUUCUAUAAUGCUUAUUUAAAAAGAGACGUCAAUAAAUAAGAAAAACAUGUUUAUACUUUUUUUAUUGAUUUCAUUCUUUAAAAGAACUUUGUAAUAUAGUAUACUAUAUUCUCUAUAUACACUUACACGAAAAUAUCAAAAAUGAAGAGGUUUUAUAUACAUAUUCUGAACAUAUUAGCCUUUGUAUGAGCAAGAUAUGAUUUGUUCAAUUGACCCAAUCAAUAUAAUGCCUGCUGUCGUCGUUCUCGAUACAUCCUCUGUAUAUGUCAUCUGCUGACCACCAAUAAACAAUAAACCUCCAAAAAACGUCGAAUUAAAAGAAAGCUUUUUCGAAAUAUUAUAGUUUUAGUAAAUCUGUUAAGACAUGUUCCAGAAAACAUUAUUAUUCUCAAUUUGUCGUUAAUAUUCCCGUGCCUCCCAAUUUAUUUCAAAAUUUAAAUAAGGAAAAAUAUAAUGUCAAAUUGAUUGGGAUUUGCUGAAAUACUCUGUAUUAUGUUGUUCAACCUUAAGAUUGAGACGAAGAGAAGGAAUAUUGGUAAGGGAACGAUGACGAAACCGAAAUAAGAGUGAAUUAGGUUUAACAGUGUUAAGGUAUAUUUUUCAAUUACAAAUAAUCUUAUUUUUAUUGGUAUUCGUUACUUAGCGUUCUUAUCAAAUCAAACUACAAUAAGCAAAAUAGCAUUUCAUAGACAUCGAAAUUAAUUUUUGCAUAUUUUCUUACUUACAAAGUUAAUAUUGUUUCAGUAUAGUAUAUAAGAUCUAGAGAAAUGUAUUUUUCCUACCUAUAAUGCAGAAUAAAAUAUAUGCAUACAUAUUUAUAUAAAGGGGUAGUACCGCUGAACGAUUUUACAGUAUCUAAAUAUAAGCGUAAGCGGUGACUACGCCAAUUAAGAAGAAGAAGAAGAAAUAUGUAUAUGUAAAGCUGAUUUCGGAAUAGAAUAAAUCUAAAAAUACAUUAUUUAAGUCACAAUUUUUUCUUUACAACAACACUGCAAUAUUUAUAGAACUUUUAGUUAAACAAAACUUACUUUUAAAAUUGUACUUCUAAGUUAACUGCUCAUGAAAAAGCCGAAAGUCAUUGAAAUAAGUAUUACUAAACAAAUAAAGUGAAUGCAUGUAUCAUUGAGAAUUGAAA